GUCUGUGAUUGGUGGAGUGUGAGGUUUGAAUUGAACGGCGGUUAAACCGCCGCCGCCGCCAUGUCCUUCCCCAGAGCUCCGCUCCGGCGCUUCAAUGAGCAACUGGGCUGUGCCCCCCCACCUGGCCACUAUGAUGUUAAACAGCAGGUGGGCUCCAGAGGCCCCGUGUCCUUUGACAAGUCAAACCGAUUUCACAAAGGCAAAGAUGUGGGAAGCCAACCGUUGCCUGAAACUGAGAAGAAUCUUACAUCACCAGCCAGUGCUCGGAGGAAUCUGGGGUUUAGUACUCCCAAUUGCCAGGUGGAUGUGACCCUCACUUUGGAACUGAAAAAGCGGCAAAUGUUGGAGAAAGAAGUCCGAUGCCUGGUGCAGCAACGUGGGGAGCAGGAUAAACGCCUCCACAGCCUGGAGGAGGAGAUGAAGAGAAUAGAAAGCAAACUAAGUGCAGCUGUGAGAGAGAAAACGUCACAGGCAUCCAACAUGGCCUCCAUGGAGAGGCAGCUCGCUGAUCUGCACAAAGCCAAUGAGCUUCUCAAAACUAAGUUUUCUGAUGAUGGCACCAAGAAGAAAAUAAACUCACUUUGUCUGGAGCUGCUGGAGGUGAAGAACAAGGCUGAUGCUAAGGACAAGGAGCUCAGCUAUCUUCAGAUCAACUUAGAAGGUAAAGUGAAGAUUCUACAGGCAGAUCUGGAAGCUUCGAGAUCCUCAGUGACAGCCUUACAGGAAAGGAAUGGAUCACUGGAAGAGAUGCAUCAGGAAACCAAGAUUCAUAGUGAGGAUCUGGAAAGAGAAAUGGACAAGUUUCACGCAGAAGUAAUCAAUGAGCUGCGUGAGAAUAACCAGGCUCUGCAGGAAUAUCUGGAUUGUGCCAAUGAACGAAUCCAGCAUCUUCAGACUGAAUUGAGUUUGAAGGUGGAGAAGUAUGAGAGCAAACUGGGGCAGGUUUCAAUGGACCUGGAGGCCAAGUAUCAGGCUGCACAAGCCAAACGGCAGGAGGUGGAGGCAGACCUACAGGAAAUGCAGAGUAAUCUGAACCAGUCGACCAAAUAUGUGAGCGAGCUUCAUGGAAAACUGAUUGAAAUAGAACAGGAAAGGGCGACAUUUGCAGAGGAUAAAGCUGAAAUGGAGAAAAGGCUCUUGCAGUGUACAGAAGAUCUCAGGAAUCUGACUGAGCAGAGUGAUAGUUUCAAGGAGGAGAUGAGACAGUCAGAGGAGCGGCAGCUGCAGAAGGAGAACAAAAUGAUCGAUUUGAGGGAAAAGGAGAAGCUGCUUUGUGAGCAAAUUAAAGAAGUGACCGAGAAAUACCAACAAGUUCAGAAGGAAAAAGGAAGCCUGGUGGCAGAGAGUAAUGAGAAGGAGCAAUGUCUGGCACAAGAACUGGAGCUAGAGAAGGAAAAAUCGAGCCAAGUGGAACAGCGUUGUCAAGCACUGCAACAAGAACAGGAUGAACUCCUCAUUUCCUCCAGAAAGGACAAGGAAAUGGUGGAGUCCCUGAGUCAGCAGCUUGAGAUCUUCCAAGGAGCGAUGGCUGAAGAGAAGGAGCUGCUACAGGAGAAGCUGGGGACGAUGUUGGAUGAGCUGGAGAAGCUACAGGCCAAGGAAAUGGAGGCUGAAGAGGUGCUCAAGUGUCUCGAACAGGAGACUAAGCAGAAAACCAGAGAGCUCGAUGAGGUGAAGGCACAGCUCAGCAGCAAAAGUGCAGAAUUCGAGAAGGUGAUCGAGAGUUACAACAGGACAAUUAGCAAACUGCGUGAGGAGCACAGCAGCUCCCUGAGAAAGCUGGGGGACAUCGAAAUAGAAUUCCAGAGUUACAAAGAGUCUGUGAGCGAGAAGAUGGCUGUGCUGCAAGAGGAGAGCUCCAGGCUGCAGAGCGACAUCGCUCAGCUCCAGCGGCAACUGCAGGACAAGCAGCAGCAGCUGACAGACAGCCAGGCUUCACAAGAGAAAGCCAAGGAGGAGUACGCACGAAUGUUGCUGGGUGCACAGACCAAACUGGCACACCGGGAGGCCGAGGUCAGGAAGGUGGAGCACGUCCACAAUGUGACAAUAACCCAGCUUCAGGUGGAGCUGCAGGAGAGCCACACCCGUUACAGGGAACUGGAGGCGGCAGAGAGAGACAGUAGGAAAGUGGCUGUGGACGAGGACACAAGGCCACAGUUAUUGGCUGAAGUGCAGAAAUGGCAAAUUCUAUACGAGGAGCUCCACAAUAAAGUCAAACCUUUCCAGGAGCAGCUGGAUGCGUUUGAGAGGGAGAGGAGCUCUCUGCUGAAUGAACGAGGAGCCACACAAGAGGAGCUGCAGAAACUGAGUGUUGCCUACACCAAGCUGCUUGGCCAUCAGAAUCAGAGACAGAAGAUCAAACAUGUGAUGAAACUGAAGGUGGAGAAUGGGCAGCUCAAACAGGAAGUGGCCAAGCUCCGAUUCCAGCUUUCUAAGGAUAAGCAGAAGGGAAAGCGACUGCAGGAACAGCCGGUUAAAGUACACAGUGUCAAAGCAUUCCAGUCCAUCGCAAAGGAAAAUGUCGCUCCCUUGACACCAUUGAGAGAAGGCAAUAGAAACAUCCGUUGAGUUGCCGGCUCCAAACCGAUUCCAAGUGACAGAAGGUGUUGCAUUUUGUCUCUGAGUGGGAUUUACUGCUGGUCAUCCCUUACCCAUUGUUGGGAAUAGACUCUGGGUUUAUAUCUGAAUAAAGGAUUGACAAAGAGAUACUUUUUCACAUA